AUGAUAGAAGCCACUGAUAUCAACUAUUCAAAACUGCCCCUUCUGACUUUUAACACUCCUGAAAUUGCUUCCUCCUCUUCAUCAAACACUCGCUCGAUUUUUGAUAUUAUAGCUGAUGACGUCGAUUUUGUUGCUGACAACUCGUCUAAAAAACCUUCUUAUGUUGAGCAUAGCACUAUUUCUAUUUCUAGUUCAUCCAAAACCAUAGUUGAUGUCGAUGCUAAUUUGUCUCUUGAAAAGAGUAAUUAUAUUGAAUUGGAUGCUGAAGAUAAGAAUAAUGGCAAAGAACAUGAUUCUGAGCGUGAACACAGUAAAAAUGAAAAUUCGUUGUGUAAAAAUGAUCAAGAAGAAGAUUACCAGCCUAAAAAGAGAAAACGAGGUACAAGAAUUAUUAAUAAGAAUAAAGGAAAAAAAUGA